AAGUAACAAUGGCGGAUUUCGGCGAAACCGGGAUCGGGGAUUUUGUGCUUUUGGAGGAUAUAUCCAAGGAAGCAUUUAUGAAGAACUUAAAAACAAGGUAUUCAGCCGGACAUAUCUACACAUAUAUUGGUGAAGUAUGUGUCUCUGUAAAUCCGUAUCGAACGAUGAAUAUAUAUGGACAAGACUAUGUGGGUAGUUAUAGAGGUAGAGAAAUAUUUGAAAGGCCACCCCAUAUCUUUGCCAUUGCUGACGCUGCUCACAAGUCGAUGAAACGCAACGCUGUAGAUGUGUGCGUCGUAAUUUCAGGUGAAAGUGGUGCUGGUAAAACUGAAGCUUCGAAGAUCAUAAUGAGGUAUUUAGCUGCAAUCACUAAUACCAGUGGACAGAAAGAAAUAGAGAGGGUGAAGAAUAUACUUCUGCAGUCCAACUGUGUGUUAGAAGCAUUUGGUAAUGCAAAGACCAAUAGAAAUGACAAUUCAAGCAGAUUUGGCAAGUACAUGGAUAUCAAUUUCGACUUUAAAGGCGAUCCCUUUGGAGGACACAUCAGCAAUUAUUUGCUAGAAAAAUCUCGUGUUGUUGCACAACAAAGAGGAGAAAGAAAUUUCCAUGCAUUUUAUCAGUUGUUGUAUGGUACGCCAGAAGCAUUGCUAGCAAGAUACGGUGUGAAGAGGGAUGCAGCAUUCUAUCACUACACUCGACAAGGGGGUAGUCCUAAGGUUGAUUCCAUCAAUGAUAAAACAGAUCACAAAGCAGUAUGUAGUGCAUUAAAAGUAUUAGGAUUUCACCAACAACAAUCAGAAACACUUUGGAGGAUACUUGCAGCUAUUCUGCAAUUAGGUAAUAUUGAAUUUCAAAACGAAAAUGACUCGACAUCUGUGAAAAACCAUGAAUCGCUCAAGUCUGUCUCUCAGUGCUUAGGGGUGUCAAGUGAAAACUUAGAAAAGGCACUUUGUCAGAGAGUAAUUGCUGCAAGAGGAGAAGUUAUGGAAAAAGUUCAUACGGUCUCAGAGGCUGUUUAUGGACGAGAUGCCUUUGCUAAAGCCAUUUAUGAGAGGUUAUUCUCUUUUAUUGUGGGUCGAAUCAACGAUGCCAUUGAAGUGGAAUCCAAUGGACAUGGAAUGAAAAAGAAUAAUACUGUUAUGGGAGUGCUUGAUAUCUAUGGUUUUGAAAUCUUUGAGCUGAACAGCUUUGAGCAGUUUUGCAUCAAUUAUUGCAAUGAAAAACUGCAACAACUCUUCAUUGAGCUAGUGCUGAAGCAGGAGCAGGAAGAAUAUCGUCGUGAAGGAAUCACGUGGCACGAUGUUGAUUAUUUCAAUAAUGCUGUGAUUUGUCAAUUGAUGGACGAACCACAUAAAGGAAUUUUUGCUAUUGCUGAUGAAGCAUGUCUAACUGUAGGAAAAAUAACAGAUGAGCUGUUAUUAGAUGCAAUGGAUAUAAAGUUAGCUGCCCACAAACAUUAUACUAGUCGCAAGCUUUGUCCAACAGAAAAAUCUUUGGAACAUAAACGGGAUUUUCGAAUAAGACACUAUGCUGGUGAUGUUACUUAUUCUAUUCUUGGCUUUAUGGAAAAAAAUACUGAUAGCCUUUACCAAGAUUUCAAAAGACUUCUGUUUUGCAGUGCUGAUCCUAUAAUUUCACAAAUGUGGCCUGAUGGUGAUCAAGAUAUUACACAAGUAACGAAGAGACCUUUGACUGCGGGAACAUUGUUCAAGAAUUCUAUGGUUGCUCUUGUAAAGAAUUUGGGAACAAAAGAACCAUACUAUGUCCGGUGCAUCAAGCCCAAUGAUCAGAAGUCCCCUGCUCUUUUUGAUGAAGACUUAGUGCAACAUCAGGUUUCUUACCUUGGGCUGCUUGAAAAUGUUCGAGUUAGGCGAGCUGGCUUUGCAUACCGUCAGACAUAUAACCGCUUCUUGAGAAGGUACAAAAUGAUAUCAAAAUACACAUGGCCUAACUUUCGAGGAGGAUCUGAAAAAGAAGGAUGCCGAGUCCUCAUCGACGAACAAGGUUUUGCAGAUGAUGUUCGAUAUGGCACCACCAAGAUUUUUAUUCGUUCACCACAAACAAUAUCUCAACUUGAAUAUGCAAGACUAGAGCUAAUUCCUGGCAUAGUUGUUUUUCUUCAAAAGGUAGGUACUAGAAAUGUGAAAACAAUGAAAGACUAUGGAAAACACAUUGCAUGGCCUCCUGCACCACGAAUGUUGCAAGAAUCUGCCACAUGUUUACGCAAAAUACACGAAAGGUGGCGAGCAUACAUGAUUUUGAGGAAAAUACCUAGAGAAGAUUGGCCAGAGCUUCACCUCAAAGUAACUGCUGCACAAGUCUUGAGAAACCGGCGGCAGGAUUGGGGAUACCACAGAAAAUGGCAAGGCAAUUACCUUGCUUCAACAUCAGAAAACGACAAUACUGCAGCCUUUGUUUCUUCUGUUGGAAGCCUGCGACUCAAAGACCAUUUUCAAAAGGUUCUUUUUUCGAGUUUAAUCAAAAAAGUGAACAAGCAUAAUAAAUGUGCAGAUCGUGCAAUACUUGUGACUGACAGAUUUAUCUACAAGUUGGACAGUAAGAGGUUUAAACCUCUACGCUCAGCUAUUCCUAUUUCAGAUUUAACUGGCCUGAGUGUCACCCCUGGCCCUGAUCAGAUGAUUGUUCUACAUCUACGAGGUGGCAAUGACUUAGUUACGGCCCUCACCUCUAAUUCGGAAAACGAAGACAAAGUAGGAGAGCUUGUAGGUGUCAUUUUGCAUCAGUGGCAAAGUUCCCAAGGCAAAGGUGAUUUGCGUGUCAUCGUGAACCCUCAGUUGCAGUGCAUGUUGGGUAACAAGAGUCGGACACUAGCAGUCGAAUCGACAGACAUCACUCUUCGUCCAGCCUUCAAAAAAGAUGGGGAAAACCUUGUUCUUCUCUGGCCUGCAGCAGUGUGCAGUGCCUAG